UUCAAAAUCUUUAGCGGAAGUCAGUUUCUUUUCGAAUAUGAAUCAGCAAAUUCGAAUGAUAAGGAAGCAACGUAGUCCAGCACAAUAGGAAAACUAUCUACGACUUAGCCUGUACAUAUGCUAGUAAUGUAUGAUGAGUUAAUUCUCACCGAACGAAAGCAAAACAAUAAUGAGUAGAUACGUCGAUUUAUCCUUCUUUCAUGACUUUCACUUUAAUUUGAUGCGGUAUUAAUAGUCCACAGGCUUAUCACCCUAAGUUUUAGUGGUUUCGGAUUUCUCUGGUUAGGGAUCCCUGUGGCACAGAGGUGGCUAUUUAUUGAUCGAGUUCAAACUUUGCUUCUAAAAUAUCUUUUUAGUGCACGUAGUCGGUCAAAAACGCUCUUUUGGGGCUGCGAAAGUUCGACGGUUAAUUGGACUCGCUCACCUAGUGGAAAAAUGCUAUGAAAUCCCACAAAACCAAGGGACAUCAGCUGGAUAAUCGUUCUUUGUUCUGUUUGGUUUUCAUGCGAAAAGAAGAGACAGAAGGGGAAAACUUUCGGGUCCAAAUACGAGGUGGUGAUCGAUCCGACGGUCGAAGCUGCCUGCCUUGUCUAAUUUGUGCUGUCGUUUGACAGAAAACUAAUAUAUUCCAGGCGGAAGUAUGGGUGAUGAUGCAAAUUUGGGUCAGUUAUAGGAAGAAACUCGUCACAUGAUCAUCAUCACACCUGUCACAUGACCAAGCAGGAAUUAAAUAUGCCACUAUAUUUGUAUCUCUUUAAUCUGAGGAGAAAAUAUUUUGCCGCCUACUCGAUCCAGAGUACCGAUAAUCUUGUUCACGAUGAUAAAUUUUGCUUUAACUAUUUCUACAGCUCUUCAAAAUUAAAACUGAAUGAUGCAAACAUUUACAGGGAAUAUGUCUGUAAAUGAGUCAGUCAUUAUAUCUCUAUAUCCGAUGCGCGCAUAGUUUGAAUGCGAAUGUGAGAUAAAUAACCAUGUUACGUGCAUGCAUGUCAUAUUACAAAACUGAAACAUUUAGAAACUGAAAUGCAAAAACUAAUAUAAAUCAUUACAAAAUCUUGUCGCCAUCCAAAUUUCGUUCUAUGAUAUAAUAUUCAAAAGCAAGCGUUGAGCCAGAAGUUCCCAGUGUUUUGCUUUGAUUAGAGUAUUCAGUCAAUGAAAUCUUAUUCAUUUCAUCCUAUUCUAUAUUAUUGUUUUUGAGCUUCUCCAUGGAUUUUUCUUCGGGACUGCUGUGGUCUGAACUCAACGACAUUUUGAUGAGUACUUUCGACGACGAGUUAGGGAACACAGCAAGUGAAGAAAAAGUAUAUACUCAAGUGGUGCAAAGUCUCAUAAACUACGUAGAGGAGAAUGUUAAUGCUUCGGAUAGUAUUUUGAUAAGUGGUAGCUUUGCUGAAACUACCAAUAUGCAUCCUUACGUACGACAACACGAGGCUGAAUUCGAUAUCAUGAUAGCAACGCGCCAUUUUAUCAUAUCACGUGAUAUGCAGCCCGCCAUAUUCAAGGAUAUCCCGGAUGAGCCUGGGUUUGUCAGGGUUGAGGCGUCCGAUAUUCGCGAGAAUGAGUCAAUCGAAGUCAAAGAAGUCAUUCAUUCUGGCGGACGUAGCUCCCAUUUUUACAUCGUUCCAAACAGAAAAAUGUUCCAAUAUCAACCAAAUCCGAUAUACAAAAACAUUCUUGUUCAGAGUAUGUGUGAUACUUUAGGAAUUGAAAAGCUCUCCGUGAUGGAAUAUCAGCAGGGACCUGCGCUUACUGGAUCUUUUUUAUCUCUUCUGCCUUCAAUUGAAUCCAUCAGUACCCAUCCUAAAAACACGCUCUUCAAAUUUCUAGGCCAUCUCGGCACUAGAGUUUUGGAGCACUUCGACCAUGACAAAACAGAGACAGAGAAAAACAAUUUGAAUGGGGAAUUUAAGGAGCACAGUUUUUGGGAAGCUUUUAAUGUUAUGAAGACCACACAUCCAAAAGAGAUUCCUUGGAUUAAUAAACUAGUGGUGGAUUUCUGCCCAGCCAUCAAGUGUGAAGGAUGGCCACACAAAGCCUUGCGUUUCUUUCAUCGUACAAGGGUUUGGCCUGAUCACACCAUGCUGAACAAGCUACUACAAAGUGGUUUCCAUUUGGUUUACAAACCACUCAAUCCUUUAUCACAAGACUCUGUCGAAUGGAGAAUUUCCUUCUCUCAAACAGAAGUCUCAUUGUUUCAAAGCAUGGAUGAUUUCAGAGUUUGCUGUUAUCGUAUUUUCAAAGCCAUUUACUACAGUGAGUUGACGUUACCAAAAGUUCUCUGCUCAUAUCACAUGAAAACCAUCUUCCUGUGGGCGUGUGAGAGAAUACCGUCCGAGAUGUGGGUGAAGGCGAACUUGGCGCAAAUCAUCAUGGGAUUGUUGGAUGAUUUACUGCAUUGCCUGGUUACCAAGAGCUGUCCACACUAUUUCAUUCCUGAAAACAACCUGUUUGCGCAUGUGCACCAGGACUUUCUAGACCACCUGGCUAAAGUGGUUGCAAAAAUACGAAGAAAUCCAAAAAGAUAUCUGUCUGUUCUAAAAAACCGAAAUACUGCUGUCCAAGACAAAGACGUCGGCGUGGAAGACGUAUCUAGCAUGGGUGAUAUCGAACUAGACUGAACCAUGUACUAUCAGUCCUGAUCAAUGUGCCUUGCCUUGUAGUAUUUUUGAGCAGCAAAACUACAACUCAGUCGAUCGACCGGAUAGGCUUUUCCCGGAUUUACUGAGGUGACAACGAAACAAUGGCUUCAAGUCGAGGUUUGACUUGAUGAGUUCAUACAUUUACUGUAUUUUAUCAAGUUCAACCUCGUCUUGGAACCAUAGUGUUUCAUGGUCACUCAAGCGAAAUCGAGGAAUGUUCGAUUAAUAGAAUAAACUUCUGCUCAUUCCCAAGCAUCUCUCAGCGGGUUGAUAAGCGGGAUAUUUGCUGCUUCUCUAUUUAUAGAACUGAAACCAAUAAAAAUAAACCCGUUGCUAUAGGCAACACAAUACUAAAUUCCAGCUGGGGGCUUUCAAAACGGAAAACUAAUUCUCAAUCUUAUCAUGCUUCUUUAAAUAUAGCGGGGUUGGAUAUUUGACUAUAUAUGCUACGUGUAAAAGAUAUUUGAUGAAACUUGUACUCGAUGAGUUACAUGUACAAUUCCGUAAAAGGUUUGAUUUUUUAGCGAGACAAAAAUAUUCUCGAUCACUGAUUGGUCGAUUCCUAAAGGCAGAGUAAAACGAAACACCUGGAUAGCUAAUGAACAGGUGUAGAUGAGAAAUGUAAUAUUGAUAAAGAAAAAAAACUGUCUACCUUUACAUAAUACGAGAUUAGAAAAUCUAUCUGCUUUAUCUUGAAGUAAAAACGUCCAUUACGGUACAAUACUCCCAA